AUGUUGACCUUCAAGCUGACACCAUGGAAGCUGUCUUUGCUAUGCCUGAUUGCCGGCUCUCUUGUCAAUGCAAAGCACGGGGAGCAAAGUCCUUGUCAACCAAACUCAAAGUCGCCGCACUGUAUGCAUCGUGAUGUUCACCAUCAUGCCCAAGCCCCCAAGCCACUACCGGGAGUCCCUGGCAAGGCUGCUUCGCCUCCAAAAGCAACACCUGUUGUGUCACCACCUGCUCCUAAGACUUCAGCCUUACCUAAGGAUCAACCCAAUCCUCCCAAAGGUGCUGGAGGUGCCGGUGGGACGGGAGGCUCGACCGGAACGCCGCCUCCCGCUGGGGACCUACCAAAAGGCAAUGCCAAGGUCGUCAUCCCUUCCAAGGACAAGAAUGGCAAUUGGCCCAAGACUGUGGCAUCAUCAACCAUGUACUUUGACAAGACUGGUGGUGCUUGUGGUUGCUUCGACAAUCAAGACCAUCCAAAAGGCUUUGACAGCCAAUUCGGCUUGCCUGCUGACCCCUCGACAAAUUCGCCAGCAGUUUACUUUGCAGCUGGUUCUGAAUCGCUCUUCAACCCGCAUGAUCAGAGUUCACGCCUUGGUUGGUGCGGCUCUAAUUGUGGGCAGUGCUUCAAGCUCACCUCUUUGGGUAAAUCUGCUUGCGAUGGAUGUGGCAAGGGAGCUGAGCUCGGAAAGGAGAUCAUCGUUAUGCUGAAUAAUAAGUGCCCUCCAUCCUAUCCAGGCGCCCAGGGUGAAUACCACUAUUGUGCACCACAAAACAUUGUGAAUGCUCAACACACUUACUUUCAUUUUGACGUCCAUUCACAACAGGAUCCCAGUACAACUCACCAAAAACUUGGUGGUACCAUCGAGUGGGACAAUCCAUUGGUCCUAUACGAGGCUGUCAAGUGUCCACAAAAUGCUCUCAAUUGGUACAAGAACAGUUGCAAGAAGUGCCCUCUUUGA